AUGGCUGUAGGACCACACGAUGUACCUGCAUGUGAAAAGAAGAAUACUAUUGUCCGACGGUUUUUCGUUACCGUGGAAGAAAUACCCCAUUGGCAGAGCUCGGCUCAAGCUCGGGAUCAUGAGGUGACGUUCAAUCGCACGCACGCACUGUGUGCUACCAAAACCGGUAAAUCUUAUCAGAUCGAUCAGACAGCAUACAAAACAGGGCCCGUGGUUGGCUGGUUGCACGCUAGCGCCGGUCCCUCGCAAACCCCCACCACCUCCACCAAGCGAAACUACGUAUUUGUCUGCUCGUUGCAAGAUUUCCGUUUCGAACCUCCCACCCAUCUCUCCUCAAAAAUCAUACAAACCAGCACAAUGGCAACCUCCCUCCGCCUCUUGCGGGCGCCCGCUGCUAACCUCCGUGUCGCUGCUCCCCGUCUCAGCGGCGCAAGGGCCUUCGCUACGUCGCAAAUUCUCCGCCAGGCAACCGUCGCGGUGCCGACAAAGAGGCCAGUCGGUGCAUUCAGAGGAGGGCUCCUUGGUUUCCUCCUUGGAUCGUCUGUCUCCGGAGUUGCGGCUUACUUUUACCUCCUCGAGGAAUACAAGGUCUCCAAUGAGCUCUUGACGGAAGAUAUCGAUGCCCUGAGAUCAUCAAUUCAACGGAUCGAAGUCUACGUCCGCAGCCUAGAGGAGAAGAUCGAGGUCCAGGAGGCGAAGUCAAAGAAGAAAUAA